AGCAGCCUAGCAGGGCUGGCUGGCCACUGGAAAACGGGAGGGAGGGAGCGCAAAGGCAAAGGCUAUUAUCAAGAGGUCAGAGCGGCGGGUGCGCAUCGCAUCGGCGCAGAGCCGCCCACCACCACCCCACAACAGGGGAAGGCUCCUCUCCUCUCCCCCGCACCGCACCCACUGAUAGACUACUAGUAGAAGCGAGGCGCUUCCCUGGGGAGGGAGGGGCGCUGAGGCCGCCGCGAUGGGCUCCGCCGUGUCGUCGAGCAUGGCGCUUGCGCUCGCCGGCUUCUGCUUCAGCGUCAUCUUCAUCGUCUUCGUCUGCACCCGCCUCGCCUGCGCCCUGCUCCGCCGCCGCCGGGCCCGCUCCCGCCGCGCCACGGCGCUCCCGCAGUUCGCCGUCGCCCACUACUCCUUCGCUGCCCACGCCGCCCGCCUUUCCGCGGGCGCCGCCGCCGGCCUCGAUCCCGCCGCGGUCGCAGCCUUACCCACCCGCGCCUUCGCCGCCACUACCGGCGGCGGCUCGGGCACCUCCGACGCCGAUUCCCAGUGCGUCAUAUGUCUUGCGGAAUAUGAAGAGAAAGAUGUGCUACGCAUUCUUCCUCACUGCAGCCAUAAUUUCCAUAUGGCCUGUAUAGAUUUGUGGCUGGAGCAGAACACAACCUGCCCAGUCUGUAGAGUUUCAUUGCUUGAUAUCCCUGAUAGCGAACAGACUGCACCUCCUCCACUACCCAGCGUAGUGAUAAGCUGUCCAAGCUCUCCUGAAUCGUCAAGAUCUGAUCCGUGUCGCUGCCUGUUUGUCAGCACAGGACACUCAUCCAGGGCACCAGAGGCUCCUAGACAUGAGCCCGACCAGGAGAAUCAGGUGGCAUCCGCACCAUCAAUGGAUGGGGCUAACAACAUGCCCCUGUCUGAAGUUAACCCCCUUCCUGAAAAUAACAACCAAACAGUAAGAAAGCAGGUGGACAGAUCUACCCAGCUAGGGCCCUGCAAAUAGCAGCUGCUUUGGCGUCUCUGUUGUCUCUGUUCUGCCCAGAACUGCAGUGCGAAGUUCCAGUAAAAUGUGAAACAUCUUACAUCUGCACUGGUGGAUGGCUGUUGUAGGUCUAGCUUUGAGGGGUUUGUUUUAAAUAUGAGAAAUCAUUCAGGGCCCAUUUGGAUGUUGGUAUUGAGGCCCAAUAAUUGGCAUUGGCCUUGAAUACCCUCAA